AUGAAAGCGUCUCUGUUGGUUGCUGCAGUGAUCCUUGGUGUGACGCUCCACGGCAUCGAUGCUCUAACACCACAGGAAAUGAAAAUUUGUUCCACAUGCGGGCAAUUACUGGGACUGGCGCGACCUUUCGUAAAAAUGGGCGUCAUCGACUACAACUUCGUCGAAGGGGAAAUGACAAAGAUUUGCGCAAAGUAUGGAAACCUGCAAACGGUUGGUGCCGCUUGUAAAACACUCAAAGGCGAGCCCAGAAUUCUGAGAGGAUGGCUACAGGGCGAUGAAACGACGCAAAAAUUGUGUAAAGAUCUUCACCUCUGUGUUUAG